CAUGGAGUUUGCAUACCUGACGUAUAAUUACAAUAUAAUGACUUGUCUUCAUACUGACAAUUUGUUAUUCGCGAUUAGCACUAUUACGAUAAAUUGAUUGCAUGCAUAUAAAACAUUUUUUAGGCGUUGGACUUCCAAUGCAGAACGUUUUUUCUUGUAAAUCUUAUUGAAAUGUUACACAGUUUCUCCUUUUUGCUCUGGUCGUAGCUGUGGUCACUAUGUCCAGGUAUGAGCUUGUGCAGAGUCAAACUGCUCUGUUGAUUUUAUUAAUGCCGGACACGACAAAGCAGGACACACCAAAGACAUGCAGCUCUGCUGAACCUCAUCUCAACAUAAAACAAAACGACACUCAGACUCAGGCUGCACAGGAGAGUAAUGGAAGCAGAUGUUUUUUAGUGGAGGACAAAGCAGAUGAUGACAUUCAGACUGUAGUCAUCGGUGAUGAUGAUGACAAGGGAUGGUCUGACGAUCAGAAGGGCAUGUUGCAGACAUCGACCGAGCAACCUGAAAAGCCACAAGAGAACAAGUCUUUUGAAUGUGAGCAGUGCGGAAAAGUCUUUCCAAAGGCCUUUUCUCUUUUUCGACACAAACGUGUGCAUUCGGUCAUGAAGCAGCACUGUUGUGAAAAAUGCGGAAAGAAGUUCUCGCAAUUAAGAGCGCUAGAGACUCAUCUGCGCAAACACACGCAGAAGUUCGAAAAGAAGAAAUUUCCCUGCUCUACUUGUGGAAAGAGCUUCAAAGAUCUUGCGGCGCACGAACGAGUCCACGCAGAGGUCCGACCGUUCACCUGCGAUAUAUGCGGACAGGGAUUCACAGUCAAAGGAAGCUUAUAUAUGCACCAGAGAGUGCACACGGGCGAAAAACCAUACACAUGUGACACCUGUGGGAAAAGUUUCUCUCUAAUAGGCACCCUAAACUGCCACAAGAAAUUUCAUUCAGACGACAGGCCGAUAAAAUGCAGCCACUGCAAUAAGAGCUUCAAAUGCAAGAGUCAUCUGAGACGCCACCUUCCCGUGCACACCGGCGAGAGACGAUACACGUGUAAAAUCUGUGGUAAAACAUUUGCGCAUCAUGAAGCGAUGACACGCCACGUUCUCAUUCACACCGGCGAAAAGCCGUACAUCUGUGAAGUGUGCGGUAAAAGAUUUCGCCAGAGAAGUAAUUUAAAAGUCCAUAUGCGGGUGCACCAAGAGACACAGUUUAAGUGCGAAAUGUGUGGGAAAACAUUCCAGCAUGAUUUUUUGUUACAGAGCCAUAUUUUAUCACACAAUCAGACUGGAAAUUCAAAAGAGGACAAGUUUUUGAACUCCAAAACUCUGGAGCUGCAUUCAGACAACAGCAAGCCUUUUACAUGCAAACUGUGCGAGAAGAGCUACAGCAACAUAUAUAAUCUUCGCAUACACGAGAAACUACACACAGGCGAGACUCCGUUUAAGUGUGAGAUCUGCGGAAAGGCCUACGCUCUCAAAAAGUCCUUUAAAACACAUAUGUUGUGCCAUUCAGGAGAUAGACCUUAUAAAUGCAUAGCGUGCGGGAAAGCGUUCAAGUGGUCUGGCUCUCUGAAAAUGCACAUGAAGACUCACACUGAUGAAAAAACGCACAAAUGUGAGACGUGUGGAAAGAGCUUUCGCUUGUAUGGAAAUUUGAAGCGACACAAGCGUGUCCAUGCUCGGGAGAAGCCGUUCAGCUGUAAGGUGUGUGGGGAAGGGUUUCCAGAACUCGACCGUGUUAAAACACAUAUGCAAAUCCAUACUGGCGUGAAACCCUACACGUGCCAGAAGUGUGGGAAGAAUUAUGUAUAUCUUAGACACUACAAUGAUCACAAAUGCAAAUCUGUAUGAAAAAGAUGUUGUGGUAGGAACUUGUAACAACUGCAGGACUCUUAUAUUGUAAUAUUUCCUAGAGUUAAAUUUAUGUAACAUUGUGAGGACAUUUAAAUAACAUAAAUUUAAAUAAAAUACUAUAGGCGGAAAACAAGCUGUUGUUCUUUUUAAUGUUGCAUUGUAU